UUCAUUUCAUAGUGAAACCAACCUUCAUUUACAAGGCUUAUUGGUCAACACAGAAUAAGACAGGCAAAAAAAAAAAGCUAAUAGAAAAUGCGAUGAAAGGUUUAAAAAAACUACGCGCGAAAGGCAUUGAAAUUCAAGCAAUGAUGGAAGAGGACUGGAAUUUUCUACGCGAAAAGUUGUGUUCAGAAGAUCCUUUUGCUUCUGGAACUUACAAAGGCAGUGAGAGGGAGAAGUUGGAUUUAUUCAUCCAUCGUUUUUUAGAGAAGGAGAUUGGAAGUGGCAGUGCUUCAACACCACGUGACAGUAAUCCACCACCACGUGACAGUGCUUCAACAAGUGACAGUGAUUCAACAGCAAGUGGCAAUGCUUCAAGAGCAAGUGGCACUGUGUCACGAUCAAGUGACAAUGGUUCAGGAGCAAUACCAAAAGAGUAUGUAUCAUAAGUAAUGUUUACUAAACAAACGGUGGAAUAGUGUAUGCGGUCUCGAGUUUCUCAAAUA